GCGCGCCCUGGCGCCGGCCCUGCCCGAGGCGCUGGCGAUGUACGGCGCCGGGCUCCUCUUCCGCAGGGCCGCGGGCCCGGCGCUGCUCCGCCUGCGGAAGCGGCCGUCCGGCCUGGCUCGGACUCGGCGGAGGCCAAGGCGGCGGACCUCGCGAACGAGCGGCGGUACCUGGCGCGCGCCUGGAAGAUGGUGGAGCUGGCGCUGCUCUCCGCCCUGGGCCUCUGCGUCCUGGGCACCGAGCCCUUCUUCCCCGCCUCCCUGGGGGGCCAGGGGGACGUGGCGGCCCUGCUGCCGGCCGGGCGCCGGCGCGUGCCGUGGGCCCUGGCCGCGUACCACGCGGCGCGCUUCGCGUACCUGCUGGAGUGGUGGGUCUUCGAGGAUGACGGCCUGCAGCGGCCGUAUCUCACGAUGCACCACAUCGCGACCUCCAUCGUCCUGUGCUGCGCCGUCUUCGCCGGCUGGACGCAGUUCGGCGGGGUGAUCAUUCUGCUCCACGACGCCAGCGGCGUCCCAAUUCAGCUGCUCGUGUGGAUGCAGCAGGUGCACGUCCCCGCUCUCGCGCUCAUCGCCGUGUACUUCGUGAACCUCUCCAGGGGGUACAUGCUCUACGUGUUCCCGUUCGAGGUGAUCAUGCCGUCGCUGACCUCGCAGAACGCGGAGACAUGGAGUGGAGGAUAUAUUGGUCCAUGUUCGUGCUCCUGCUGGUGCACCACGUGUAUACGUACCUGCGCCUGUUGGCCUACGUGCCGAAGUUCUUGAAGUCCCCCGCUGGUGCAGUGGCCGCGGCGCAGACGACCUGCGAGGCGGGCCGAGACUGACGGGGGCGUCGGGCGACGGCAAGGACCUGCUCCGCCGCCCCAGCAGGAGACGACGGCCGCGGGACGCUCGGACGCGGCAGCAAGGGGG